UUUUUUUUGACAAAAUUCAAAUUUCAAACUAGGAAGGGUUGCCUGUCAGGUCUAAAUUCACAAGGGGAAGCAUGUUAACUUGGUAUUCUUCGUUAAACGCGAUUCAUUUCUAAAGAAAUUCUUACAAUGGGUUGUUAGGUUUUUGGAACUCGUAAAUUUUAUAUCCGGAGGAAGGCCUUCCUGCACUUCAGUCUUUUGCACCUCGGAUCAGGGAAGGCAUAGGGCACAUCCGUUAAGGCUGAUUCUAUCCGAAGUUAAUAACCCGACUUUGAGCCUGAGCUCUGCUUCCCUGAGUGGAGUGUCUUUUGGAAGUUCCUUCCAGAAUUCUUAUAAGUUGCAUCAUCAAUGACGAAACAGGAUUCCCCUGAUUUGGAUAAGAGAAGAUGGAGGAAGCUAUGUGAUGCCAUGGAGUGCAUGGUGAGAACGCAGCAUGCACAGCUAGAUUACCUUCUUCAAGAACGAAAAAUUCUUCAAGACAGGAUCGCAUUAGAAAAUGAACGAUGGGUUUCUGAUGUUAAACUAUUGCAAGGUGAAAUUGAUCAGAUGAGGGACGAGUUGACAGCUCGUAAGGGGGAGAGUGUGGCAGAGGCUGCAGAAUGGGAAGUGAUUUUAGGAAUCAAAGAGCUAGAUAUUUUUUUGCUUAAAGAUAAAUGUGAAAAAACUUCUUGUGAGUUGAAGGAUCUCAGAAAAUGUAUUGAAAUCCAGUCUUCUAAAAGCCCCAGGAACAAAGGUGAUUCUGAAAAAAUGAUUGAGGGGGUGAAGAACAGUUCAUCAGAGAGCGAACUAAGGAGGCAGACGCAUGAAAGCCGACAGCUUUUAGCUAAGAAAGACAUCGAGAUCUCAAAGCUGGUGGCUGAAAAGAGCUUUGUGUGGAACCAAUAUAACAAACUUGAAAAUGAUACAAGUGAGCAAUUGAAACAAAAACGUAUUGAGCUUGAUAUAGUGAACAAGAAGAUGGAGUCACUUGUGAAAAAGAUCGAGGAAUUGCGAACGUCCAACUUAGAUUUGAAGGAUCAAAUUUCAAAAAUGGAAGUUGUAUAUGUUAAUCAAAAUCUUGAGAUAUCCAGGCUUUCCAGUGAACUACAAUCAUUGAAGAACAAUAAUGACCAUGCAACGCCUAAGCUGAAACCUUGCUCAACUAGUUUAGGGCCUUCGAUGAUAGAGAGCCCUGGGAUGAAUGGGAAGAGUGUGAUACCUAGAACGGUUGCAGUGAAGAAACCACCAGCCCCUGUGAAGAGAACUGGGAACUCAAAGAGGAAGGUAAUGGAUGACACCUCGGAACUCAAAUGCUACGCAACUAGGUCCAGGACCUUGAGAAGUAGGACCACUGAUGGAAUGAGUGGGAAUGCUGCAAUAGCUAUGACCGUUUCAGUGAAGAGCUCACCUGUGAGGAAGGUAAUGGAUGACACCUCAAAACUCAAAUGCUAUGCAACUAAUUCCAGGACCUUGAGAAGUAGGACGACCAAUGGAAUGGGUGGGAAGGGUGAAAUAGCAAUGACCGUUUCAGUGAAGAGCUCACCUAUGAAGAAAAGUGGGAACUCGAAGAGGAAGGUAAUGGAUGACACCACAGAACUCAAACGCUACUCAACUAGGUCCAGGACCUUGAGAAGUAGGACCACUGACAGAAUGAAUGGGAAGGGUGAAAUAGAUACGACUGCUUUAGUGAAUAGCUCACCUGGGAAGGGACAUAGGAACUUGAAGAGGAAGCAAAUGGAUGACACUCCAUCUAUGCCCGUUCUAACAAUUCCAUUGAAAACCUCACCAGCGUCAGUCAAGAGAAAUGGGAACUUGAAGAGAAACCAAAUGGAUGACUCCCCAAGACUGUUUACAUCUUCGUUCCAAAUACCCAAGUUGAAGAUCUCUUCACCUCAGGUUGCAUAACAAGUUGACAUUAUCAGUUUUGCUUCUUCUGUAUCAGUAUGAAAAACUGUAGAAAUUGGGGGGCAUGUAUCUCUGUGCCUUCCAUAGCUUCAGCUUUUGUGUGGUAGGAUUAGAUAUUCAGAACAGAGUAGUACACAGUGCAAUAUGGAUUAUGGAGAUGAUAUUUUCACAUUAAUUGUUUAAUGUCAUGUCUUCUGUGCACACUUCUAUAUAUAUAUGUCAAAUAACUUGUCAC